AUGGCCCUGAGCCUGGGCAAUCCUCGUGGAUGGACCGUCGACAAUGUUGCUCAAGCACCACCAGCAUCAACCCAGGCGCCCGCCUCUUCUGCUCAACUGGAGGCGCGCGAAGGCCCCGCUCCCGCUCAAUGGCAAGCGGUGAAGGAGGAGAUCAGGAUCCUUUAUGAGAAGCACCCCUUGAGAGAUGUCAGGAGAAUACUAUUAGACCGGCACAAUUUCCGCGCAACGGAGCGGAUGUAUAAAGCCCGACUGUCGCAGUGGGGAAUCACUAAGAACUACUCCGACAAGGACUAUCAGAUAUGUGCGGUGCUGCACCACACCCGCCAAAAAAGCGGUAAACGUUCGACGGCGUUUGUGAUCCAUGGCCACAAGCGCUCUCUCAAAGACCUUCACAAAUACAUCAAGGGCCGGAAGAUGACCGAGGAGGACUUCCUCGCCUCUGCCCUUGCCAACGUCAAAUGUAGUUCUGCCGCCGACCAACAACACGAGCAAUAUGCUCAUGUCCGAGCCUAUACUCCCGAGCCUGAGGCAGAGGCCGAAGAAGCACCGCCUCCGUCAUCCACUCCCACCAGACCACCGCCGGCCGAGAUCGCAGCAAAGGAUUCGCCUAGGGCAGGAGGAGCUGCGUCAGAGUCGGUCUCAAGUGCCCCAGGACCAGCCUCGUGUGUCACAGCCCCCACCUCGGCAUUCGCCCACCAUCAUUCCCCUGCUAGUCCUUCGCUGAGGUGGUCACCCCACCACGCAGCCUCGCCAUAUUUCCCGCUGACCGUAUCACCGCCUCAAGGGCGUGGUCCUUAUUUUCCUUCCCAAGGAAGCGCCACCACCACUGCUACCACGUACUCGCCGGAUACUUCACCAUCUUCGUCGUCACGCGCCCAUGUCGUCUCUUCUCCGGAAGAUCGCCCCUUGUCGGCGGCUCGGUCAUAUACUUAUCCUGCCGCCAACGAAGCACUGGCCACCGUUGAAGACCAGGUGCGCCAUGCUGGCACUGUCUAUGACACCAGCCCCGCCAUGCCUUGCAGCCAGUUAGGCCGAGACGUUGAAUACAUGGCCCUGCAACUGGUCGAUGCCCCGUCGUUGAAGUCACUUUGCGGGCACGAUGACAUCCGGAGCUGGGCGCUCUUGUUCACCGACAGCUCGUCCGAGGACUCGAUGGAUUAUGAACAGAUCUGUCCGACGUGCCAUGAAUCCACCCGAGAGCACUUUAUCAGUCUACCGAACCUGGAGAUGCCUCAUUUACCUCGCAACAUUUUAAAUGCCACGCAGGAUCUCCCGGAAAGUACCAUCUCGAUCCCUGCUAGCUCGCGAGGCCACCAGCAUUCGUGGAAGUGGGUCGCACGGUGCUUCGCCGCCUGCAUCUAUCUGCGACGGGGCAACCAUACGUUAUCGCAACGAAGCCUAGCCGAUGCCGACGCCGAAUUUAGAAAGAUGCUCGUCCCACGACAAGAUCCCAAAGUCUUGUUGGCGCUCAAUCAGACAUUACAGAUCCUGCAGAUGCACGACCAAGGCGAGAUCACCAAGACGAUCAUGCAGAGUGCGUAUCUGGUCGCGGAACGGUUAUUGGGGCCGAGCCACCCGCUCGCGACCAUUGUGCGGUGGAUGGUCUACGUGGCGAAUGGACAGAUGCGAAACCGCGACAUCACAAGCCAAACGCUCCACGAGGUGCACGAGCAGUUUGUCCAGCAGCACGGCCCGGAAGAUCCCCGGUCCAUCGCGUCCAAGUAUUGUUACGGAUUCAUGUUGAAUGUGGAGUGGAAUCUGCCCGAAGCCGAACUGGUCCUGCGGGAAGUCUACAAGAUUUCAUCGACCGUGCUGGGGCCCAAACACCUACAGUCCAUCUCGGCGCUGACGAAUCUGCAUCGCGCGCUGGAGCGGCAGAACCGUAUCGAAGAGGCCGCAACCGUCCUGAGACGCGCCAUCAGGGACUCGAAGGACACCCUGGGCGACAAUCACCCCCGAAGACUCGAGAGUCUCCGCUUACUCGCCCUGCUGUAUCAGCGGCAGGGCCAUGUGGACCUGACGGAGGACUUGUACUGGCAAGUUCUCGAGGGACGCCUCAAGAUGCUGGGCAAGAACCACACGUUUACCCAGGGCAUGAAGCGCGACCUGGAAGAAUUGCUCAAGGAGCGGGGGAAGUGGACUGUGGAGGAGAAGAAGAUGAGGAAGCGAGACGACGGGUCUCUGGAAGAGGUGGUGGUGCUCGCCGAAAGUAAUUCCCAACUGCGGCUGCAGGAUCUCUUCGAGUGGGAUUCAAAUGAGCAGUGGGACGACACGAGGAGCGAUGGCGGCAGUGAGACGGGGAGCGAUCAUGCGGCAUUCUGA